UCCAACCUCUGCCAGCACUGGCUGGGAGUCAAUACAGACACCAGCAGUAUAUAUACAGACGGGGUUACGGUACAGUACAGUAUGGAUUUUUCAUCUUCUUAACAGGCACAGUUAAGAAAAAGAUUGAGUUCAUAAAUUAUUCCUAAUAUCGCCAUAUCGAUCGUGCCUGGCCAAAAUGGGAAGUAAAACCAGUAAACAAGAUCUUUCUAAUACUGGUAUCCCAGCUGCAGAAAUAAUUUCAUACAACAACAAAGUAGGGGAUAUCUCGGCUUCAAACCACAGUGUGGUCUCUGUAACUGCAGAAGAGGAGGAUACAUUCCAGCGAGCUGUGCCGACCAGAGAGUCACUGAAAUGUCCCAGUGGCUCGGUGGUCAGCUUCCACAACAUUCAGUAUACUGUCAAAAUGUCCAGCGGCCUGCCCUGUAAACGCAAAGUCGUGGAGAAGCAAAUCCUUUUAGGUGUCAAUGGGAUAAUGAAACCUGGCUUAAAUGCUAUCCUUGGCCCCACAGGGAGUGGCAAGUCUUCGUUGCUGGAUGUUCUGGCUGCAAGGAAGGAUCCAGCAGGUUUGUCUGGUGAGGUGCUGAUUGAUGGAACACCACAGCCUUCAAACUUCAAGUGCAUCUCAGGCUAUGUAGUCCAGGAUGAUAUUGUCAUGGGCACCCUGACGGUCAGGGAAAACCUGCUGUUCUCAGCGGCUCUCAGGCUUCCCACCUCUAUUACCUACAAGGAGAAGGAAGAAAGAGUGGCAAAUGUUAUCUCAGAGCUCGGGUUAACAAAAGUGGCUGACUCUAAAGUUGGCACAGAACUGAUCAGAGGCGUGUCUGGAGGGGAGCGAAAGCGAACAAAUAUUGGGAUGGAGCUGAUAACUGAGCCCCCUGUCCUGUUUCUGGAUGAACCAACAACAGGCCUGGAUGCUAGCACAGCAAAGGCUGUACUUAUACUUCUGAAGAGGCUUUCACGAAGAGGGCGAACUAUCAUAUUUUCAAUUCACCAACCCCGUUACUCUAUAUUUAAGUUGUUUGAUAGCCUGACGUUAUUGGCUUCUGGGAAAAUGAUGUAUCAUGGGCCAUCCAAAACGGCAUUGGAAUACUUCACUUCUAUUGGUUAUGAAUGUGAAUCCUUCAACAACCCAGCAGAUUUCUUUUUGGAUAUCAUCAACGGAGACUCUACUGCUGUGGCAGCAAGUCGAGCUUUCGAUACAGAUGAUAAGAAUGGAAGUAAACAAACUGAAAGUGCCAGUGAAAAUCCAGACACCAUUGAAAUCCAAGAUCCGGAACACAUUGACAAAAGCUUAGUGGAAAAACUAAAUGAGCAGUACAUGAAGUCGACCCAGUACAGCAAAAUGCAAGAAGCCUUGACAAAGAUUGAAGCCAACAGGGGGGAGAAGAAAAAGAAAAAGCUUCAGUCGAUCACUUACGCCACUUCAUUCCUCAAUCAGCUUUACUGGGUUACCAAUCGCUCCUGCAAGAACCUGGUGCGCAACCCACAGGCUUCAGUUGCACAGGUUGUAGUAACAAUCGUUUUGGGUGCAAUUGUUGGUGCAAUCUUCUUUGGUGUAAAACUAGACCCCAGUGGAAUUCAGAACAGAGUGGGCUCUCUGUUCUUCCUAACCACAAAUCAGUGUUUCUCCAGUGUGUCUGCUAUUGAACUGUUUAUCAAGGACAAGAAGUUGUUCAUACACCAGUAUACCAGUGGUUACUACAGACUGUCUGCCUACUUUAUUUCAAUUCUGCUGGGAGACCUGAUUCCAAUGAGGACAGUCCCUGCCGUUUUGUUUUCUGUCAUCACCUACUGGAUGAUAGGUUUCCAAAGAUUGGCUGGAAACUUUUUCUUCUUCAUGCUCACACUGGUGAUGGUGUCGUACACAGCUACCACAAUGGGUCUUGCUAUCAGUGCAGGGAUGGAUGUUGUUGCAAUAGCAAAUCUCUUCAUCACUAUUUGUUUCGUCUUCAUGAUUAUAUUCUCUGGUCUUCUAGUGAAUCUUCCAUCAGUCAUGGGUUGGUUGAAUUGGCUGAAAUAUUUUAGCAUCCCAAGAUAUGGUUUAACGGCACUACAAGUGAAUGAGUUCAGAGGUUUAUAUUUCUGUGACAGUAAAACAAACAACAGUACAUCUUUCCAAAUAGCUAUGGUGAACUGUUCAACGAGCGCUUCAAAUUUUGGGGGAAUAUGCUAUGGAGAGGCUUACCUCUGCGGACAAGGCAUUGGGUACAAUGACUGGGCAAUGUGGGAAAACAUUGUUGCUCUUGGCUGUAUGAUUAUCAUCUUUCUAACCAUUGCUUACAUGAAACUCAGUUUCAUGAGGAAAUUCACAUAGAUAUUGGGUGUUUUUUCCCCUGAUUAAAUAUUUUAAUUGCAGGUAAGAAAUAAGAAAAUGUGUAUACAAAGCAAAUUCAAAAACACAAUAAUAAAUUAGUUUAAGAUAGCUGUGAUAUUUCAUACCUGUACCAUAUUUAUGUCAUACAGCUUGACAGACUUGACCGUCAGAAAAAGACUAGCAGUAUUUUGCAAAAACGGUGGAGUAGCAUGCAUUAAUUUACUGGAGAUUUAAUCACAGCUAAAAAUUCGGAGCCUGUCAUUUAUUUAGCCCCUGUUAUUUAUGGAAUAAUCAACUAGAACGGCUACUUUGUAUUUGUGGAGAGAACAAAUGUGUUAUUUUUUUUUAGUUUAAACUUAAUAUUAAGAUUCUGCACUUUAUAGCAGUAGUUUGUGUUAUGAAAAAAAUACAUUACUUUCUCCAUAAAUCUCUUUUACUUGGAAAUUGAACUAAUUGAAAGCAUAUAUAAAAGCCUAACAUUAUUCCACUGAGCAGUUGAACUUUUAUUUAGUAUGAAGCUGCCAUGAGAAGUAUUAUUCAAAUACAAACCAAAACUUAAACAAUACUAACAUUAAUGGAAUGCAAUCUGAUAUUUUGCAUUCCAGACAGUGUAAUCUGUAACUGUAGUUUUGUUUGGAUACCAAAUAUGAUUCAGCAUCCAUGUAGGAUUUCUGCUGUACAUUUAUAACAAUUUUCACAGCAAUUGAUCUGUAUAUAAUGUGUUUAUUGUUGUACAUAAUGUAACAUGUUGGGAACUGGAUAACUUUAAUUUGUACAUUUUUUCACGUUUCAUUCAAUAAAAUGUUUAAAAAUAAA